AGCUGGAGCACGUGAGCACUGCUCUGCACCGCUUUUGUUUCUUCCCUUUUCCCGCGCGGAGAACGGCGCAGCACCUGCCCCUCUUAGAUUUGAAAAGAAAAGCAAGAGAGCUUUUCUCAUAGAUACACGCAAAAAGGUCAUCGUCCUCCACAAUUGAAACGCAGCAUAGACUUCUUCCAUCUCGACAGACCCAGCCACAAUUUCCAAACGUUACCGUAAGUGUGCUUGUACUUACUUGCGGCUCCCAUCUUUUGGGACACCUGUUAUCAGGCUCUCUUCUUUGCACUAGAAUCACCUGAUAUCUUAAAAAAAAAACAACAACACAAGGUCAAGACAUCAGGGCUGCGUGUUUCGCCAUGAGUUCUUCCUCAUCCAGUAGCUCACCGCCGCCUGAUGUGGUCGUGUCAGACUCCGGUAGCGACGAGGACACCAGUUUCGUGGUGCGCGAAAUCCGCCAGCUUCCCCUGCCAAGCGCACCAACGGCACUUUCGCAAGAUCGAACGGCGGCGCCGGCUCAGCCUUCAGGCGGGUCUUUUUUGUCUGCUGUACCGCCGCCGACCCAUCCCGCACAACCAGCACCGACAGCAGCUGUCCCCGCCAUUCCCUUUCCGAGCCUAAACACAUCCACGUUGCAUCGCCCGGCAGCGCCAGACGCGCACGUUGCUCGUCUCCCUCGCCCACCCGUACCGCUGACCACCCCACACGCCUCAACAACCGGCGCCUCGCACUCUGAUACGUUCUCUUCGACGUCGUCCUCCACUGCGACCGUGCCGCUGCUGACGACCACCGUCGCAGGCGCCACUGCUAGCCAAGGAGAAGAGAAAAGGAAGAAGGAGACGGGUGUCACCAUCCCACCCGUGCCGUUACUACCAACCGCUUCAUCGUCCCAGCCUGUCGCAUCGAUGGUGCUCCCUCCCUCACCACAGCUGUCCUCCGCUACGUGGAAGAACUCUGCGCCGUCUCUUAAAUCACCUGCUACACCGAUCAAGACUGCCGCGGAUUCUUCCUCUCCGUCUAUCCCCACUCUGGCACCCGUUCUUGCUGUUCCUCCUCCAGCGUUGGCAGCUCUGCACCCAGCUGAACAGCCCAAUCUUGCCACAGGGGGUGAUACUGCUAUUGCUGAUAGUAUACCAUAUGCUGUCACAACGCUUCUCCCGACCAUCCCGUCGAUGUCUACAGAUCGCGCUCAUGGUGGCGUCGUUCUUCCUCCCCCGCCGUCUCAAUUGGUCGGUGCACCUAGUGCGGCUGCCAGCGCCGUAGCAACGCUGCCUCCGUCGUCGUCAUCUCGUGGUGCUCCUGCCGCGACGACCACCGUUAGCGCUGUUGCGGCUCCAUCGGUUGGGACGACGGCAAUUCUCUCCACACCCGCCAACAACCACCACAACAGAGAGCAAGAAAGGCCACGGCAUCUGCGGCGCACCAGAGAUGCGCUGGAGAACGCAGACUGUGCCCUCUUCACUUCACCCGAUACGGUGGCGAAUUCACCCGGCUCGCGGUCGUCCAGCAGCGGAGAUGGUGAGGAUGAUGAUGGGGCCUACGUUGGACGCACCCGCCGUGUCGGCAGCGCCGCUUUACUGGAGCAGCGGCCGUCGCAGCCGGUAGGUCGGGGUGGCGAAAGGGCGGCCGCGUCAAAGCAGUGUGACCUACCUCCCUCACACCGCCAUUAUCCACAGCACCACAGCCGCAGUCGAUCGCGGUCGAAGCCUCAACAGAAGACGAUGGUAGUCAGGAUGCGGGAGGUGGAGGGCAAAGGGGGUGCUGUCGCAUCACGCGAGAAAACCUCGCUGUCGUCGCAGAGCACCAACGCCCUCACCCCCGACAACGCGGUCGAAAUGCGGCAUCAUCGGCCGUCUCCAUCAGCUUCUCCACUCGCAGAAGAAGAAGGUGGAAGAGGCUCCAUGACGAUCAUUGAUGACGAAGGCCGGCGCGACAAUGACCCACCUCUGACGUUUACAAGUCCGGCAGCGCGCUUUGCUGCUCGUUGUAGCGAGAACACCAAAGGUGUCGGCCCCAAUGGAACGAAUUUACCUCGAUUGACACACGGCAGCCUUCGCGACUUCCGCAAAACGCACGGCAUCGAGGCGGUCGACGUGGCGGUGGAAGGGGAUGAUGAUGAUGAUGAUGACGAUCGUGAACGGAAUGCAGGGCCCGAUCAUGCGCGAUCCGGCACGGUGCACUUCCGCUUCACCGGUGCCUUCAGCGACGCUACAAGCGAUUCCAAGAUGCUGUCCUCUGCGGCUCAUGAGGUGAGCGACGGCAAGCAACACAAGACGCCGAAGGCCGGUAGAGGUUCUGGUGAAGCUGCAGAUUCCACUGGAACCGCCACCGGAGGCGCCACGGUGCUCUCGUUGAACAUUCGAGGCAUGAGUCCGCUGCACACCGAUGUCAGCGUUGUGCAUCCGUUUGUGCGGGCCUGGGUGGUCAGCGGCGCCACCGGUACAAGCCUGGUACAGGCUUCCGCGGCCGUGCCGUGCGCUGUCACCCAGCCCUUUGACAUUCGCGCCCACAAGACCCGCACGCCGUGGUGGGACGCGAAGGUGGCCGUGCGUCUCAGCACGGAGCGGCUGCGCAGUGCCGGCCACGACGCAAUGCUGCUGUUGGAGGUGCUCGACUUUGGUAACGAGACGAUUCACGGCUUCCCGCUGCUCCGCUCGGGGCUCUAUCCGAUUUGCUGGGGCUUUCUGAUGCUGCGCGACUACAUCGGUUGCUCCGCCCUCGCAGCGGGGGAGAACGUGCAUGUGCAGCUGUUCCGCUACCCACUGCGCACCCCCUGGUACCUGAUCUGGCUGGAGGCAUUGCUACCCUUGUCGUGGUCGGCUGCGGCGUCGCACUUACAACCCUACGACCUCAGCACCGCUUCCGGUGAAGGCCGCAGCAUUUGUAGCGGCUCCAAUGUCGUGGUGGACGUGCCGAACAUUUACCACAUCUUCAAGUUUUACUUCAACCGCAAAAUCCCGUACGAGGGCGAGAUGGUGGUGACGCUGCGGAAACACAGCGACUCCCGCUACGUGCCGGACACCACCGAUAUGCUGCCCUAUGAGGAGUAUCUGCUGUCUGUGCUCGUGUCGGGCGGCGGCAGCUGCGCGGUGCCGCGCUCCACGCACGCCGCAUCGCGAGACCACGAUGGAGGCGACACGGAGGACAGAGGCAGCAACGGCGCCUCGAAAGGCCUCGGUGCGUCGUCCGUGCCCGCCAGUCCGUGGGCGCCGGCGGCGGAAAACUACUACCGCAUGGACGGCGAGCGCUCGCUGCUGCCGCACGAGGUUCUGCAGACGUCCGCGGUCAUGGGCAUCGUCACAUGCGUCAGCUUCACGCACAACGGCACGCUCUUCGCGCUGGGCGUCUACCGCCACCUGCAAUACCUGGUGGAACUGCGCAAUCCGUUGCUGCCAGACAUGCCCGUCGUGGCGACAUUGCUGGGCCACACCGGUCACCUGCACUGCGUUGUCUUCCAACGUGAGGACCGCUAUAUGCUGUCGUGCUCCUCUGACGGGACGGUGCGAGUGUGGCAGCCGUCGCAUCCAAACUGCCAGUUCAACUCUGACACGUGUACAGGCCCGUCAAGCGUGCAGUGCGCGUUCACCCUGCCGCACGGCUUUCCCGUUUACACCGCCAUCUUUCAUCAGGAUAAAAUCAUAGCCGGCGGGUUUAGCGAUCAGCUCUUCGUAUGGGGCUACGAGCGUCCGCUGGAGGACGAUCUGCCGUCUACGGCGACAGCCGACGACUCUAUGCUCCACCUUACUGCUACAUUUACUCCUCAAUUACAGCUAACGCAGAGUGAGGACACGGCGGGUAGGUCGACGCGCGUGCUUCUCGGGGAGCUGAUCUACCGUGUCGACAACGCAGGCGUGCUGAAGGACGGCGGGGAGCCGACCAUCACACUCAGCUUGGCCUCGAAUGAGCGCAGCAAUCGGGCAUGGUCGGUGCACGCCAACGGCGUCGUCGUGUGCUGGCGCGCUGUAUGCGAGUCCGUGGAGCGUAAGGCGCGUACGACUCCUCCUGCUGCUGCUGCUACUGCUGCCGCUGCUGCCGUCGGACCCAACUGGCAGAUGUCCGUGCGGCACACGGUGGAGUGCAGCGGGGCGUCAGAAGUCCAGGUGAAUGGCAGCUACGCCAUCGUCGUCUGCAGACACGCCCCACUCGUCUUUGUGUUUGACGCCACUACGUGCGAGCAACUCCGCGUCGUCAACACGCGUCUGCCAGCUGCGACGCCCGUGAGUUUGUUGCCGGACGGGGAGGCGUUCGUGGGCGCGGUGGGCGACCCGAGCCGGCUGGUGGCGUGGGAGUGCUUCGAUGGUGGUCUGUGCACCGCACCCACGGGCUACGCGCAGGCGUCCCCGCUCUACGGCGUGGCGCGCAUGUCGUGGACAGAGUCGCAGCAGCUGUCCGUCAUGGUCAGUCGCUCGCCGUGCACGCAGGACGACAUGGUUCGGUUUAUCCGUGGUCCCUCCGCGCCCGCGCCGGGACAGAGCGCCGCCGCCUAUUAUUACGAGAAGCAGGAGGAGGAGUACAGACUGCAAAGCAUUCCGUCGGAGAUGACGCUUCUCACCGUCGCCGGGACGCGGCGAAAGCGGGGAACGGUGAUCCAGACCGGCGGGGGACGAGCUGCGGAGGCCUUCUGUCUCAUGUUUGGCGGAGACUUCAAAGCCAAACGGAAGACGGAGUACCUGGCGGAACGCACACGAGCUAGCCGGCAGCGUGAGACGGAGCGCGACUCACGGCGGGCGCGGCUGCAUCAGGAGGCCUUACUGGCCGAUCCGUCGAACAUGUUUGCCUCCGCGACCACCACCGUGCCGUACGACGCAACGGAAAGAGGUGCACGCAUGAAUGCGAUCAUCAACUUCUGGCGCGGUCUGGUGGGGCAGCACAAACACGGUGUCGAGCACCUGCAGCGACUGGACGCCAACGCCUCCGCUGGUUUGCCGUCUCCUCCGCAGCAGUCGACGCGCCGUGCGCUGCAGUACCUCGACGACAACUGCAACGAGGCGGAGGUGUAA